AUGUCGAGAUAUAUUUAUCAGUCUGCGUAUAGAACCUUAAAUGUCUAUAGGCGACAGUGUUUUAGCACGCAUUCCUUUGCCCUCAAAGAAAUGACUAAUCCCAUAAAGCCAUCGGCGCAAACUCUUAGACAUCUACAAUUCACGCAAAGAAUACCCUUUCAAGAAGGAUUAGAGAUACAAGAGAAGCUGGUCAGAGCCAAUUUAGAUAUUAAGGACAUCCAAUCCAAGAUUGAGAGAAAAUUAAUUCAAUUGGAUGAAGAAUACAAAGGUACUGUAACGAUAAAUGAUAACGAAAAAAGGAUACUAGACAAAAUUAUGGCAAUGAAACCCAAUCCAAUAGUAUUAACAUUUGAGUUUGAACCAACUUAUACUGGAGGAAAGAGGAUUAAGAAAACUAUGACGCCAAAUCAAAUGGCAGCCUAUGAAAGUUUCAUCCCGGAAACGCAAAAGGGAAACCCAAAGCCAAAGUUUUUUCAGCUUGAAAGAGGUGGACAAGUAACUUUUCAUGGACCUGGUCAAAUAGUUAUUUACAUAAUCUUGGAUUUGAAAACAUUUCACAGUUUUCCUGCAAAAUGUUUGGUUUCAUGCAUUGAACAGGCCACCAUCAAAACAUUGAAUAACACUAAGAUGGGCAACGGUUCUUGUGAGCCCUUGAGCUUGAAUGCUUUAACGACGAAGGAAACAGGAGUUUGGGUUGAAAAUGGCAAAAAGAAAAUCGCCAGCAUUGGGAUACACGUCAGGCGCUCUAUAACAUCGCAUGGGGUAGCAAUAAAUGUAAAUACAGAUUUAUCGUAUAUGAACAAUUUUGAAAUGUGCGGUUUGAAAAACACACCAACUACUUCAAUCAAGGACCAGCGACCUGAUGCUGCCGUUGAUGUACAAAGUAUUGCAGUUAGCUUCGUCAAGGAAUUAAGCAAGCUGCUGGGGAUAAAGACUCUAGAAAGAAUGCAAGUUGAUGACAUCGGUACUUUGAAAAAACAACCAGUGAAGUGA